AUGACACACAUUUCUAAGCAGCUUUGCACCUCACGCAUACAAAAAAAGCAAGGAAACCGGCAAGUGAAGAUGCCUUCAGACUGUCUGUAUCUCUGACGGAGAGCCUCCUGAGUGGCUGCCGCUCUCAGCGAAUGACGCUGCCGUUGACCCGCUUGGUGAGGACGUGCUGAUCCGGACUGCCGCCUGCGGUUGUUCGAUUAAGAGUCGGCGACAGAUUGCCUCACAGAUCAGAUAGAGAUGGCAAGGAGGAUGUGUGCUUGAGACCGUUUGACUGCUGCAGGGAUGCCACUUUAGUGGUUUCUUCCACGCUUGUGCAUCCUUCAGAAGAGGGACUGAAAACUGAAUGCCAGCAGCUUGUGGAGCAUGGGUACAACUGCGAGUGCUGCACCACAGCCAGUUUCUGUAGCGUCGCCCGUCGAGAGAGUCCACGGUAACGGGAUGGCCGACAUCAAGCAGUCCAUCGGCAUGAGCCCCUUCCAGACAGUCAACAUCCACAACAGCAAAGCCAAGUCCAUUAUCACCAACAAGGUUGCGCCCGUCGUCAUCACAUACAACUGCAGGCAGGAAUUUCAGAUUCACGAUGAAAUCCUCAAAGCCAACUACAAAGUUGGUCGGAUAUCAGAGUCUAUGCCCGAGCACUACCUGGUGCAGGGGGAGUUCUUCAUGGUCCUGGAUGUGUACAAGAAGGCAGAUGUUCUAAACACCACUGGGAGCCGCGGGGCGCCCAACUUCCGCCAAGCCAAGGGGUCAUACCCGCUGUACGGGAUGGGUCAGCCCAGCCGAAAUGGAUUCCAGCAAGUUCUCCAGAGGCUGCAGGCACAAGGACAAGAGGAGAUUAUCUUCAUCUGCGUAAGAGAGGAACCAGUGGUGUUCCUCCACAAGGACGGCGACUUUGUGCCGUACACUCCCCGGAAGAAGGAAAACCUGCACGAGAACCUCCACGGGCUGGAACGGGAGGAGACGGUCGAACACCUGGAGCUCAAAAUCAGAAACGAGCUCCAUGACUUUGCCAAGCUCAACGACAACGUCUUCUACAUCUACAACGACAUCGAGUUCUUUAACGACGAGCCGCAGAAGAUAUCCAUCACGUGUGAAGAGGACAUCCUCGUGACGGAGGAGGUCUACAAGAGGCCCAUGUUCACCAUGCCGGCCUACAGAUACUACAGAUUACCAUUACCAACGGAAGGAGCUCCUUUAGAAGAAGACUUUGACGCAUUUGUGAACAUACUCAGGGAGAGCCCCAGCUUGGGUCUGGGCCAAAACGGAUUCCAGAAGCUGCCUGCCCUGCUGUUCAGCUGUCAGGUGGGAGUCGGCCGCACCAACCUGGCCUUGAUCCUGGGCGCACUAGUCAUGAACCGCCUCUCGAGGGAUUCCCAGCAACCACAGGUGGAAGAAACAGCUCCUUCAGAGUCCAGGCCAAUGUUUCGAAUCAUCCAGUCUCUGAUCAACAAGUUGCCUAAUGGACAGCAUGUUAUGGAAGAGGUUGAUCAUGCAAUUAGCCAGUGUUCUGAAAUGCACAACAUAAAAGAAGCAAUAUACGAGAACAAGAGUAAGCUGGAAGGAAUCGGAGAUCAAAUUCAGGGAAACAGCACCAAAGACUAUUUUCUUAGCAGAACCAUGCAGAGCUUGGAGCGUUACUUCUAUCUCAUUGUAUUCAAUGCGUACCUUCACGAACAGUAUCCGCUUGCCUUUAUGUCCAACUUCAGCCAGUGGAUGUGCUGCCACCCGUGGCUAUACAGGCUGCUGGCCUGCAUGGAUCUGUCCGAGCUGUUGGCCCCUGCAGAACUGGUCACCAGCGGAGCCCGCGUUCUGGUCGCUGAUGAGUACCUGGCUCCUGACGUGCUCAGCACGGUCAAAGAGAUGAAGGCGGUGAACUUCAGACGAGUUCCCAAGAUGCCUGUUUAUGGAGUGGCUCAGCCGACAUCAGAGGCGACAGGAGUGGUUCUGGCUCAUCUCACGGAUGAAAAGAGGAAGCACAGUCACAUUUUGUGGGUCAACCUGCAGAAUGAGUUAGUGCUAGAAGGCAACGGACAGAUAUUUGUUCCAAGGGAACCCUCAUGUCUGGAUCAGCACAUCUCCAUCCCAACCUGUGAUCCACAGCUGUUGAAGAAAUUGGAAACAUCAUUGAAGGAGGAGAUUUUGAAAGCUCAGAAGUGGCUGGAAGUGGUGCUGGAGCAGGAGAAGCAGAUGAAGAUGCUGAAGAGCUGCCAGACAGUUGAAGAGAUUUUCAACCAGCACAAAAGCUCCCACCAGGGCCUCGUGUACAGACGGAUCCCUUUACCUGACUGCAGCGCUCCCACAGAGGAGGAUUUUGAUAAACUGCUGGACACCAUGAAGAGUGCCUUGGCCGAGGACUCGCACUCGGCUUUUGUUUUUAACUGCUCCAACGGCAAAGGGAGAACCACCACUGCUAUGGUUGUUGCUGUUUUGACUCUCUGGCACUUUAAUGGCUUUCCCGAGUUCCCCGAGGACGAGAUUGUGAGUGUCCCUGAUGCCAAAUACACAAAAGGAGAGUUUGAGGUUGUGAUGCAGUUGGUCCGCCUGCUCCCUGAUGGGUACAGGAUGAAGAGAGAGGUGGACCUGGCCCUGGAUUCUGUCAGCGAGACCAUGACGCCCAUGCACUAUCAUCUGCGAGAGAUCAUUAUCUGCACUUACAGACAGAUCAAGAAUGAGAAGACGGAGAAGGAGUGUCAGCAGCUGUUGCUGAAAAGCCUGCAGUACUUGGAGCGCUACAUUUACCUCAUCCUCUUCAACACAUACCUGCAUUUAGAGAAGAAGGACUCGUGGCAGCGCUCCUUCACUGCCUGGAUGGAACAGGUGGCUGCCAGAGCAGGAGUUUAUGACAUCCUCAACCAGCUGGGCUUCUCCGAGUUUGAAGACCCCAGGGACUCGCCAUUGGCUCGGCUGCGCUGCCGCUGGCAACGGCAAAACGUUCACUCACUUCCUUUUCGGGGGGAGUUUGUCUGAAAGAGGAUCGCUGCCAUUCCACUGACACAGUACUGUGCUGUUCAGGAGAAAAGAAAUGUCAAUAGCCUUAAUAUUUCUGUAAUGUUUACCCCCUCUGUGUCCUAACAUUUCUGUGUUAGACCUUUUUCUAAUUCAAUAGUUUUUUUGUUUUUUUUAUGUCUAUGAGAUAAAGUUUUCUGCCUUUUAUACAGUUUCUAUUUGUAAAUCCCGCUUUCUUAUUUGUGUCAGCCAUAAAAAAAACUUCAAUUUUUGGACAAAUCGAAUUAAGUUUGAAGGUAGAAAAAGCAUGCAGCUGAUCUUUUACCUCGUAGCCUUAGCUGUUAAAAAGCCCCCAGUGUACAAAGCUUUUAUUUAAGUAUUAAUGCAUCCACAAGGUUUGUAAAGCUAAAGGAUGAUUUUCAAAGCAGUGUUUCCAGAGAUGCAGUUCCGUUUAGGUUUUUAUUUCCUUUCCAGCUCCCAGUUUCCCGUCUGUUUUCCUACGUUUAAUGAUACGUGCGGGGAUGCAGGUACUAACGUGUCUGGAAUUUUUGAUGUUGGAUUUACUUUAACGCAGUUUGUAUUGUUUUUUUUUUUUUUUUUUU